AUGUCGGUCUGCUCUGUCUCUCCAAAAACUGGCCCCGGGCUUCCGUCGCCAAGCAUCCUCGAGACGGACGAGUUGCCAGAACUCCCCAGUCCCGCGCCUUUACCGGACGAGCCCAUAGGGUUUGAGCCUUUACGGCGGGAUGGAAAGGAGGAACACAGCGACUCGCCACUUGCCCUUGGCGAUAAAAGGACGAGCGAGUACGAAAACAACGUCGUUCGUCCUUGGAAAGGCGUCACCGACGGGCUGGCCCGGGUAUGCUUCGAUUGUACAGUCACAGUUCAAGCAGUCUAUGGGAACCACGACUACGAUCGAACGCCCAUAGGUGUUGUGCCACUCACCAAAGCAGAUAUUUUUGAGCUUGUGAGGUACCGAGGAGAACUCGCACGAGCUACGCCGAAAGCAGAAUGCGCAGUGACUACCGACGGGAAGGACAUCAAUGCUGCACCGUUACCGUCUGACUCUGCCGAGAAUUGGAAGCACGAAUCCGAGGUUUCAAAACAGACAUCAGCAUUCCCAUCGCCAUCACCACCAUCCGUCUCGUCGCCUCCCUUUCCGGUCCCAACAGUUUCAUCGAUACGGAGCAACCCACCCUUGUCUUGCUCAACGCCAUCCCCAUUUCCCAAUGGCCGGCUCUCCAUACCUCUGGUGGCAGUUCCGCCUCCCACCUUAUAUCCCAUCAUACCGCUUCACAAGCGCCCGUCCUUUUCGUCGCGCCAUCAUCUGUCACAGGGUCAGGCAGGGGCGCAACCACCGAGCGCCGGUGCUGCUAUCGCCGCCGGCUGA